AUGUGCGGCUCGUUGCGAGUGAUAUUGCAGGUGCUGUGGGCCCAGCUCCUCCUGUGCGGCUUGUCGCUGGGCUCUGAGCUUACGUUCGAGCUGCCCGACAAUGCCAAGCAGUGCUUCUACGAAGACAUCACAACUGGAACCAAGUGCACUCUGGAAUUCCAGGUGGUAACAGGCGGCCAUUAUGAUGUGGACUGCCGCCUGGAAGAUCCAGAUGGCACAACGCUCUACAAGGAGAUGAAGAAGCAGUAUGAUAGCUUCACCUUCACUGCGGCCAAGGAUGGCACGUACAAAUUCUGUUUCAGCAAUGAGUUCUCCACAUUCACGCACAAGACGGUCUACUUCGACUUCCAGGUCGGGGAUGAUCCACCGCUCUUCCCCAAUGAGAACAGGGCCACUGCCCUCACCCAUCUGGAGUCAGCCUGUGUGUCAAUCCACGAGGCCCUCAAGUCAGUCAUUGACUACCAGACACACUUCCGCUUGCGUGAGGCGCAAGGACGUAGCCGCGCCGAGGACCUGAACACACGUGUGGCCUUCUGGUCCAUUGGUGAAGCCCUGGUCCUACUAGUGGUCAGCAUCAGCCAGGUGGUCCUGCUCCGGAGCUUCUUCUCCGACAAGAAGACCACCACCACCCGUGUUGGGUCAUAA